AUGAUGUACAAACUAUUUAAGUAUGGAAACAAGCAAUGGACCUUAUCGAAGAGAGGUUUGGUCUUGAUAUUCUUUUUAGUGGCUUCUUUGUUGGUAAGUUACCUGUAUUUAUCUUACAAUAGUGACGACCUUUAUUAUCAACCUCUUACAGGAGGGCUCACGAACAAUCAGGGAACAAAUCAUUUACCAAAGGAGAAGCACAAGCAUAAACAGAAAGGUCCUGUUAAUGCAAAACACUAUCUAAUUCAGAAACUUCAUGAGGAGUCUGGAAUCUCUGAUGUUAGAAGCAAAGACUUUCACUCAACAGUUUAUGAUGAAAUAUUCAAGGGCCAUAAUCUUGAAGGGCUUUUAGGUAAAUUAUCGUUUAACGAGAGAUGUGAUUUGUAUUUCAAAAAUUUAUAUGCUAAAGAUGAAAAUUGGAAACUUGAUCCAAAUCAAGACUUGCCGUUAGAUUACCGAAUGGAGUUUGAUUGGGAUCCAUUUAGAUUGAAAGUCAUGGACUCCGCAAAAGAAGAAUUUGCUAAUGAGAAAGGCAUCAAGAAAGAGCAGGUUGACGAGGUUGAUCCUGAAUUCGAAAGUCUUAUUAGAUCUAAACAUCAAGCGUUCUUGGAUAAGACAAAGCGCGUUGAGCAAAAUAUAAUAGAUUACAUUUCUCAUCUUCGAAUUUUCAACAAAUGUUAUAUCACAUCUGAUGACGGUAGACAGUUAAAUGCUGUUAAUUCUCACGUCAAGAAACAGAAGAGCCUUAUAAAAUAUCUAGAAAAUGGUGGUUCCAAUCUUGAGAAGGAUAGCUUCACGUUCAGCUAUACAGAGGCUGAAAAAAAAUUCAAAACAGAUGGAAUUCUCAAUUGCGAUAAUUUGCAAUCAAGGAUUUAUCCAUGGUUGUCUACUAGCUAUCCUGUUUUUGAAAGAUGGGAUGGAACAAAGUACUUCACAAUUCCCCAAAUGAAAGAUUUCAUUAACGACGAAAAAGUUUUUGAACCCACAAAUAGUGAUGCCAGAAAUGGAAGAGGUAUCGCAAAGCUGCAUCCCAAGUCUUAUGGAAGCGAAUCUUGCUUUUUCAAUAAAUAUAAAAAUGCAAUGAAUGGCAAGGGAAUUGUAAUGUCAAUUGGUGACAAACAUGUUACAGAAGCUGUCAAACUAAUUAGAUUAUUAAGAGCCCUCGGAAACAUUUAUCCAAUUCAAGUCGUAUAUUACGAUAAUCUUUCAAAUGAAUCUAAACAAAGGCUCAUUAAAGCGGCCAGAGAAGGUUUAAAAAAAUUUCCUAAAUCAUACGACAAGGUUAAGCAUCUUUUUCCACAAAAUGAACAAGCAAAAGGAUUACCAGUUCAAGAACUCUGGUUUGUAAAUGUGUACAAUGUUGUUCAUUCUCACUACAGAAACAAAUUCAAUAAAUUUGGGAAUAAAUUCUUAGCUACAAUGUUCAACUCCUUUGAGGAAUAUAUCUUGGUAGAUGCGGAUACCGUCUUGUUGAAAAAUCCAGAGUUCUUUUUCAAUUUGAAAGGAUAUAAGGAAACUGGGGCCUUUUUUUACAAAGACAGAACCUCCAUUGAAUUUAGACCCAAAGCAGAUGUUGCCUUUUUCAAAAAGUUGAGUCCAUCUUUAGUCGAUUCAGCUGUUUUUGACAUACCCAUAAUGACAAAUUAUACAAUGGGACGUGAAUUUUUUGAUGGCAUGUUUCAAUACAUGGAAAGUGGGCUUGUUGUGAUUGACAGAAAUCAGCAUUUCAAUGCUAUUUUAAUGAUGAUUCAACUCAAUUUCUUCAAACCCGUGACAGGAAGGAUUCAUGGAGAUAAGGAAAUUUUCUUUUUAGCUUUUGCAGCAGAUGGAGAUGAGAGGUAUCAUUUUGAUAAGUUUUUCGCAGCAGCAGUUGGUGAAGCAACUCCCACUGAGUACAUGAAAAAAGAUAAUGGAACACCAAAGCGUGCGAAAGAAAUUUGUUCUUGCCAUCCUGGCCAUUUGAAUGAAGAAGACAAUGGGGAAACAAUAGCAUGGUUGAAUUCUGGCUUCAGAUUUUGUGGGAAGGCAGAUGAAGUAAAUUAUGAAGAAGAGUUCAAACAUAAAAGUAGAUUUAAACAUUUGAAGGUUAAAACAGACCUAGAAAAAUUAUUUAAGGAUCCUUUAAGAUUAAAGAAUGCUAUUAUCCCACCUUUCAAUCGAAAAACUGAUACUUUACAUGAAAAUGAUAGCCAAGAACCUAAGGAAGGCUGGAGGAUGGAUUCCGGUUAUUGUAAGUCAUAUCUUUGGUGUGCAUACUCCAGUAUUGGCGGUAAGAAAGGUAACGAUGACAAUACUCUUGAGGGCCAAUUUUUUAGUUUCGGAAAACCUUUCGUUGAGCUUUCCAAUUAUCUCGGCGACGUAUGGAAUAGUGCGUAA